AUGAAGAGCCUGCUGGGGGAGGAGCGCAGCUUCAUCAUCGAGAGCGACGACGACGACGGCGACGAGGAGGAUCCCGCCCACAGGGAGGACGACGCCGGCGACGGGUCGUCGUCGGACUCGUCGUCGUGCGGCACCCCGCGCGGCGGCGGCGGCGGCAGCCAGCCCAACUCGUACACCAACCAAUGGCCGCAGAGCUACAGGCAAUCGAUCGACAUUCUGAGCAACGUGCAGUCGCCGAGCCUGGGGUUCCUGGGGACCCCGACGCUGAGCAGGCUGUCCAACUCCUUCCUCAACAGCUCCUUCCUCAACACCUCCUUCCGGGGCAAAACCCCCGAGAUCGUCUCGAGUCUCGUCAAGCCGCUCAUACGCCCGACCACAAGCGACGAGCAACAGCAGCAUGAGGACAUCCGGAAGAAGAGCUCGCAGUACCUCCUGCCGUCGAGGAAGCCAUCGCUGCAGCAGAUCCCCGAGGACCGGAAGCCGGUGGUGGUCGGCCAUGAGGCUUCGCCGUAUCAGCAGUGCUCUUACACCCAGGGAGCUAUGAACGGGAUAAAUGUUCUGUGUGGCGUCGGAAUCCUGUCGACGCCUUACGCCAUCAAGCAAGGGGGCUGGCUCGGACUGGUGAUACUGGUUGUGUUUGCUCUGCUCGCAUGGUACACCGGUGUGCUGCUGCGCCGUUGCCUGGACAGCAAAGAGGGCCUCCAGACGUACCCGGAUAUCGGGCACGCCGCCUUUGGCACCACCGGCCGCAUAGCCAUCUCGAUAAUUCUGUAUGUGGAACUGUAUGCCUGCUGCAUCGAGUAUUUGAUACUGGAAAGCGACAAUUUAUCAAAGUUGUUCCCCAAUGUACACCUCAACAUUGGGGGCUUGACGAUAAACUCGCACGUGUUCUUCGCAAUCUUGACGACGCUUGUUGUCAUGCCGACCACUUGGCUCCGUGACCUUACAUGCCUGAGCUAUAUUUCAGCUGGUGGUGUGGUUGCAUCAAUCCUUGUGGUCAUGUGCCUAUGCUGGAUUGGGGUUGUCGAUCAUGUCGGCUUCGAGAACAAAGGGACCGCGUUAAACCUCCCGGGAAUUCCUAUCGCGAUUGGACUGUAUGGUUACUGCUACUCGGGCCACGGGGUGUUCCCAAACAUCUACUCUUCUCUGAAGAACCGCAACCAGUUUCCUUCCAUUCUUUUCACCUGCAUUGGGUUUUCUACCAUUUUGUUUACUGCCGCCGCUGUUAUGGGAUACAAAAUGUUCGGCGAAGCCACCGAGUCUCAGUUCACCCUCAACUUACCGGAGAAUCUGGUGGUUUCCAAGAUUGCCGUCUGGGCUACGGUGGCAAAUCCGAUAACCAAAAUCACAUAUGCAUUGACCAUAACCCCACUGGCCAUGAGUCUGGAAGAGUUGCUGCCGCGGAGCCAGCAGAAGUACUCCAACAUAAUCAUUCUUAGAUCAGCCCUGGUGGUGUCAACCCUCAUCAUUGCCCUGUCAGUUCCCUUCUUUGCACUUGUGAUGGCUCUGAUUGGCUCUUUAUUCGCGAUGCUUGUGACCUACAUUCUGCCUUGUGCCUGCUUUCUGGCCAUCCUCAAGGCAAAAGCGACUUGGUAUCAGACUGCGACAUGCUCAUUCAUCAUCGCCGUAGGGGUUACCUGCGCCUGCGUGGGGACAUACUCAUCCCUCUCCGGGAUUGUCCAGAACUACGCCACCUGA